AUCCACAGAGCUAGUGAGUGCCAAGGAAGCCUGCAUGUAUUAGUUUGCUAAGGCUGGUGUAAUAAAAUACCACAUAUUGGGUGACUGAAAUAACAUGUAUUUUUGUACCAGUUUGGAGGCUAGACCUUCAUAAUCAAGGCUGAGUUGGCUCUUUCUGAAGGCUGAAAUGGACGGAUCUGUUUCUGGCCUCUCUUCUUAGCUUGUAGAUGAUGUUUCCUUGUGUCUUUUGCACUGCCUUUUCUUUGAGCUUCUGUGUCUGAAAUACAGAUUUCCCAUUUGCAUAAGAGCACCAGUCAUACAGGAUUAGGAACCAAUCUAAUGACCUCAUUUUAACUUGGUUACCUCUGUAAAGACCCUGUCUCCAAACAGUGUGGCAUGCUGAGGAGCUGGGAGUUAGAACUUCCAUAUACUAACUGUGGGGAGGGGACACAGUUCUAUCCAUAACACUGGGUACAAACCCAGAUUAACUGGCCUCACACAGUUCAGUAUUAUGCUUUCAUGUUUCCUGACAUUACAAAAUUAUACCAUUCUGUACCCUUUUGAGAGGAACAAAUGCCAAAACAUAGAACAUGGCUCUAGACACUCAAAUCCACUUUUAGAGCCUCUGAACUGAAAUCUGUCCUCUGAAAAUUCCUAAAUUGGAACGUGCUCCCUCAAAAUGUUUAUCCAAGAGGCUGGUUUCCAGCUUACUAGGCAAUUUGGCAUGGAGGACUUUUCUCAUAAACAUUUACAAAUAUUCUGCUCAGUAAUGAAGUUAAUCAGUAAACCACACAACCUCUGGCCUCUGUUACUCCUCACCUAGUCUCAUUUUCAGUUGCUGUGAGUAAGCUAAGAAUGGUAAUGCAGUUUCAGGAGUUAGAAAAUCCAGUUCAAAUCAGUCCUUGUCACAGCCACACAUCUUCAGGAUUCGCCAUGGAAGUGAUGAGCAUGAAGCCCGCUAAAGGUGUACUAACAGAACAAGUGGCAGGUCCUCUGGGACAGAAUCUAGAAGUGGAACCAUACUCACAAUACAACAACGUUCAGUUUCCCCAAGUUCAACCACAGAUUUCCUCUUCUUCCUAUUAUUCCAAUGUGGGUUUCUAUCCCCAGCAGCCUGAAGAGUGGUACUCUCCUGGAAUAUAUGAACUCAGGCGAAUGCCUGCUGAGACUCUCUAUCAGGGAGAGACUGAGGUAGUGGAGAUUCCCAUAACCAAGAAGGCCCGACUGGGAGCAUCAGCAGGGAGAAUCAAAGGGGAUGAGCUAUGUGUUGUCUGUGGAGACAGAGCAUCUGGAUAUCACUAUAAUGCCCUGACCUGUGAGGGAUGCAAAGGUUUCUUCAGAAGAAGCAUUACCAAAAACGCUGUGUACAAGUGUAAAAACGGGGGCAACUGUGUGAUGGACAUGUACAUGCGAAGGAAGUGCCAAGAGUGUCGACUAAGGAAAUGCAAAGAAAUGGGAAUGUUGGCUGAAUGUAUGUAUACAGGCUUGUUAACUGAAAUUCAGUGUAAAUCUAAACGACUGAGAAAAAACGUGAAGCAGCAUGCAGAUCAGGCCAUCCAUGAAGACAGUGAAGGACGUGACCUGCGACAAGUGACCUCGACAACUAAGUCAUGCAGGGAGAAAACUGAACUCACCCCAGAUCAACAGAAUCUUCUUCAUUAUAUUAUGGAUUCAUAUAGCAAGCAGAGGAUGCCUCAGGAAAUAACAAAUAAAUUUUUAAAAGAAGAAUUCAGCGCGGAAGAAAAUUUUCUCAUUUUAACUGAAAUGGCUACCAGUCAUGUACAGGUUCUUGUAGAAUUCACAAAAAAACUUCCAGGAUUUCAGACAUUGGACCAUGAAGAUCAGAUUGCUUUGCUGAAAGGGUCUGCAGUUGAAGCGAUGUUUCUCCGUUCAGCUGAGAUUUUCAGUAAGAAACUUCCAGCUGGACAUACUGACCUACUGGAAGAAAGAAUUCGAAAGAGUGGUAUCUCUGAUGAAUAUAUAACACCUAUGUUUAGCUUUUAUAAAAGUGUUGCUGAAUUGAAAAUGACUCAAGAAGAGUAUGCUCUGCUUACAGCAAUUGUUAUCCUCUCUCCAGAUAGACAAUACAUAAAGGACAGAGAGGCAGUAGAGAAGCUUCAGGAACCACUGCUUGAUGUGCUACAAAAGUUAUGUAAGAUUCAUCAGCCUGAGAAUCCUCAACAUUUUGCCUGUCUUCUGGGUCGCCUGACUGAGUUGAGGACAUUCAACCAUCACCACGCAGACAUGCUUAUGUCAUGGAGAGUGAAUGACCACAAGUUUACCCCACUUCUCUGUGAAAUCUGGGAUGUGCAGUGAUGAGCACUGCAGAGACAGGGUCCAGCUCUUCAUUUUCCUGAUAUAAAUCUGAUACAUAACUUUCUUUUUAUUGCAUUUGUACCUGGCUUCAUGCCAGAAUUUUCCUCUAUAUUUAUGUGGUAGUUAUAUAACCCUAACUGUAAAUAUGGGGCUAGGUUGAAAUACUCUCUCUAUAUUGUAUUUUACAAAGCUUCAGGGAAUUUUUCAUUCAAAUUGGCAUGCCCUGUUUGCCAAAUUAAAUUAAUCAUUACUGUAAGUCUGUUGAAAUAGGGGAAACUCUCAUUUUGCUCUUCAUCUUACCUUAUUGCAUAUAUUUUAUUAAAGAGUUGUGUUCAAUUUGGGUAAUAAACCGAACAUAAUGGCAACAGGCUUUUCUUUGGGAACAAAAUUUGAAAAAUAUGCAAACUUAUUUCUUUAAAUGAUGAAUGGCAUCCUAUUGAGUCUGAGGGGGUAAUUUCCACAAAGAUAAACUCUUACAACAUAGAUAGCGUUUUUCUCAUCCCCGCAGGUCCUGGUGAAUAUUCAUUCAUUUGUGAUAGCCCUUUGAUAAUUUCUUAUUCUUCAAAGUUCACAGAGCAUAGCAUAUAGAAGAGUUAAUGAUUCUUACAUAAAAUAUUCCCUCAAGCAAUUUCUUUCCCUACUUAGGGUCCUGAGGUGGCAUUUACAAAUUCAGAGUAUGCAGAUAACUCCAGUGAUGGGACAUUCCCUUUUCUCUCAUAAAAGUGCUCUCUAUUGGCUUUAUGCAUGUAAUUACUCAUUUUUCAUUUAUUUGUUUGUUUUGCUUUUGGAAAACACUCCUUCAGCUGGGUGCACAGCUGUGUAUACUUCCCCUAAAGCAGGAAUUAGUUCAUUUCCUUCCUUUAUUGUUAUAUUGUUGCAUUCUUCUCCCCACCAUCCUUCAGUAAAUAUAAUAAAACACCUUCUGUAAGUAA